AUGAACACAUGUAAUAAAAUUAUAACUAUCAGCACUGAACUGGAUGAAGUAUUUGAUGAUUUUAAGGAAGAACUGAUGACGCAAGCAUCAGAAUUUCAAGAGAAAGAUUCAAAUUGGGUAUUGCAGGAAAUAAUGUCUUUAGAUGUUAACAUAAACAAAUAUAGUAGUAUUUCCGCAUCAACAUAUAUUCGUCUCCCAAUACCUAUAGUACGAAAACACGCUAUUUUAAAUAUCGAAAACAAAGAUAAUAAGUGUUUUGCAUGGAGUAUUAUUGGAGCUAUUUUUCCUGCUAGUGGCAACCCAACCAAACCAAAAUCAUAUCCACCAUACGAUACUUUGUUGAAUUUUGAAGGAAUUGACUUUCCGAUGAAACUAAAAGACAUUAAAAAGUUUGAGAACCUCAAUAAUAUUUCAGUAAAUGUUUAUGGGCUGGAAUCCAAUUUCGUAAAUAAUAAAAGGCAAUAUGAAAUAGUUGGACCAUUGCAUUUUACAAGUAAUCGCCAUGCCACUCACGUGAACCUUUUGCUUAUAACAAAUGAUAAACAAAGUCAUUAUUGUCUGAUUCUAGAUAUGUCGAGACUUGUAAGAAGUCAAAAAACAAAAGACCGUCACAAAGUAUACUUAUGUGAUGGAUGUCUACAAUUCUUUGUUUGCGAAGAAAAGCUCGAUAAUCACCAAAAUAACGACUGUUCUCAUAUUUACACAGAACUUCCCACAACGAAACCUAAAAUUAAUAAGUUUGGUGAAAUGGUGCCAGAAAAUAUACUAAAAUUUAUAAAUAUCCAAAAAAUGUUACCUGUGCCAUUUGUGAUCUAUGCUGAUUUUGAAAGUCUGCUAAAACCCAUAGACCAUGUUGAACCUUUCAAUGGAAAUUCAUAUUCCGUUAAAACUGCUGAACACCAAGCAUAUUCGUUUGCAUUUUACCUUAAAUGCAACUAUGAUGAUUCACUUUCUAAACUAAUAAAAUAUGAAGGACAGGAUGCUCCCAAAGUGUUUAUACAGAAAUUGGAUGAUUUAGUGCAUGAACUAUAUAACAAUCACCUUAAACAUAUUAAACCAAUGUCGCCGUUAACUAAAGAAGAAAUUGAAAAACAUGAAACUGCUACCGAGUGUUACUUGUGCGGAAAGCCAUUUAAUCCUUUCAAUCGUAAGGUGAAAGAUCAUCACCAUCUCAAUUCAUUAUAUCUUGGACCCAGCCAUAACUCCUGUAAUAUAAAUAACAAACUCUCAAAUACAAUACCCGUGUUCUUUCACAACAUGAGUAAUUAUGAUUGUCAUCUUUUUAUUAAAGAGCUUUCAACAACUGGUGAAAAAGUUUCAGUAAUUGCACAGACGAAAGAAAAAUAUAUCACAAUUUCUAAAAGAAUUCUGGUAGAAGAGUCGAAAAAUGGCCUAGAUAAAUACAUAACUCUAAAAUUUGUUGAUUCAUACAGAUUUUUGGCAAAAUCUUUGGAUAUUCUGAGCACAACCUUAAAUUCGGAGCAGUGUACAGAAAUUAGAAAGUAUUUUCCAAAUACUAAACACUUUGAACUUGUGAGACACAAGGGUGUCUUUCCUUAUUCAUAUAUGGAUGGAUUUGAUAGACUUAAAGAAAAAACACUACCACCUAAAGAAAAUUUCUACAAUAAUCUAACUAACAAACACAUUUCUGAUGAAGAUUAUGCAAGAGCAAUUGAUGUAUGGAACACAUUUGAUUGUAAAUCUAUGAGUGACUAUACUAUGGUGUACUUAGUAUCAGAUGUCUUAUUAUUGGCUGAUGUGUUUGAAAAUUUUAGAAAAAUAUGUCACAAAGAAUACAAUUUGGAUCCUUGUCACUACACAACUGCUCCUGCAUUAAGUUGGGAUGCUAUGUUAAGAUAUACCGAAAUUGAACUAGAGCUUCUUACAGAUGUGGACAUGGUACACUUUUUAAAGAAAGGAGUGAGGAGGUGUGGCACAAUGUAG